UUCCGGAUCCGCCCACUAAGCAUAAUGAAAAACAUGGUUGCUAUGGCAUCAAGGUAGAACUAUUGGCCUAUGGGGAAGGUUGCCGUUGAUACUGUGCCCGCCCCUUUUUUCUGUCCGGACCCGAGGCGCUGUUCCUGCAGCACCGGCCUGAGGGAUGGCUUCCAGCUUCAAGAAAUCUACAUUAGGGGCGGUAGCCCAGAAGAAGAAGACCGGUCCUAAACUUGAACUAACUGAAGACCAGAAGCAGGAGAUCCGAGAGGCUUUUGAUCUGUUUGAUACCGAUGGCACUGGGAACAUAGAUGUUAAGGAGCUAAAGGUGGCCAUGAGAGCACUAGGGUUUGAACCCAAAAAAGAAGAGAUCAAGAAAAUGAUAUCAGACAUUGAUAAGGAAGGAACAGGAAAGAUCAGCUUCCAUGACUUUCUGGUGGUGAUGACUCAGAAGAUGGCUGAAAAAGAUUCCAAAGAGGAGAUUCUAAAAGCCUUCAAACUGUUUGAUGAUGAUGAAACUGGAAAAAUCUCUUUCAAAAACCUUAAACGUGUGGCCAAGGAACUUGGGGAAAAUCUCACAGAUGAGGAGCUACAGGUGAAACUGCUGCGGAAUUACCAGUCUGCUACACUAGAGUGCCACAGAAUCCAGAAGUUUUACAACAGAGUUCUGGUUUAGUUUGCCACACAGUACAUGGGGCCUUGAAUAUGCUCUUUUUAAAGAGAUGGGUGUACAUUGCAGUACAAAGAGCCUAAAAUAUAAGCCCUUGUCUUAGAGGGCUGGUAUGAGGCCUGAGCUAAAGUAGUGGACAAGCUUUGCUGAAGCAAAGUUAGGCUGUGAGCAAACGUUAGACUUUGCCUGCUUGCAAAUUUACUGAAUUUGGCAAGAACAGGGCUAAUAUUGAAAAAAAACACACAUUUGUAAGACGUGCUAGGCACAAAGUACUUAAGCAAACUCGUUUUAGAAGAGUGGUAUCAGAGUAUUUCAGUAUUAAGGAUGGUAUAUAAAUAUUCCCCAAAGAUAACAGGGACACAUAGACCCCUCCUAAAAAUAAGGUCAGAAUAACAGUGUAAUGAAUAAAAAUGUAUAAGAUGGUGGGUGGUAACCAGCUACGUCAGAGGGUGUUAACUAACCAUGUCAGAAGGGCAGUACGUAACUUGUUUAUAUUAAUGUAUAAAAUAAAGUCUCCGAGGAAGUGUCUUUGGCCAGCCUAGGGGGCAGUGAAAAGUCCUGCCACUAACUAAGCUGCAUCCAUUGUCCUGGGCAUACAUGUUUUAGUAUCCUCAGAGUCUGCCAGGUGCUAUUACCGUGCUUCAUCUACAAUAACCCUAGCUGUGUGUCUUCGUUCCUAAACCGAUCUUGUGUCAUUGGGCAGUUUGCCCAAGUCUGCGCAAAGCUGGGACAGCACACAGGAAAAACACAUACACACAGCCGAACAUCUAACAACAUCGGUGACCCAAGAGAUCUUUUGUUCUUUCGCACUCCAUAGACCGGAUCCCCAGUCCCUGACAUAUCCCCUUUGCAUUGCUGUUGUAGUGCAAAAGGUCCAUAAGACUGCCCUAACCAAGUACUUGAGGAUUUCCCUUGUGUGGGGAAAUUCCUUGGUGGAAUAACUGGAUCUGUGUUAAAACCCUCUCAGUCUUCAAGGCAGGGAGAUGGGAGGGCAAGGAAAUGUGUCCAGAGUGUUGCUGUGUGCCUGCAAACCCUGGUUGGUGUUAUGGCUCCUUGGGGGCUAUUCUCAGCCAGCACAAUCCUGUGGCUGCUCUGUCUUACAUGGAAGGGGCACACCACAAGCACCAGGAUCAGGGAUGGGAUGGAAAGGUUGUUUAAACCCACUCUUGCCCUGGAUGCAAGCAGGUAAAUUUGUAAAUUAUAUUUGUAACAACAGAAAGUGCUGAGUUUUACUUAAAUUAUCUCCAUUUCCCACUGCCCUUUUCUUUCCCACUCCCUCCUGUUUCCUUUACUCUCCUGGUGUCAUUCUGGCUCAAAUGGCAGUACUCUGGGACUAAAGAUUGCAAGUUAAAGAUCCACACCACAAUGGGGAUUCUUGCUCAGUGCAGACACUGUUAUGUGUUACUUAAGUGAAUGUUGUGCUAUCCUUCAGCAUCUUAAAUCAAAGUCCUUUCCACGUGCACUACUACAAAAAAUAAAGUUAAAGAGUUUAUGACAAUCUGUGUCUGAAAUAGGGUCUAAAGGCCAAGACUGCGUUGAGCAUAUAUGGCCGGGUGGAUCCUACUUAGAAUCAUAGAAUAUCAGGGUUGGAAGGAACCUCAGGAGGUCAUCUAGUCCAACCCCCUGCUAAAAGCAGGACCAAUCCCCAAUUUUUGCCCCAGAUCCCUAAAUGGCCCCUCAAGGAUUGAGCUCACAACCUGGGUUUAGCAAGCCAAUGCUCAAACCGCUGAGCUAUCCCUCCCCCUAUCAUUAUCCUUUUGUACAUCCCGAGUAACUCCAAUGACUUCAGUGAAAUUGCAGUACUCUGGAGUUACAAAGAUACAAUACAGCAGGAUCUGUUGUUUUCUUCCAGGAUAGUUCCUGUACCACACAGUGUGUAUAGCAGCAUAACAACUGCUUUUGAAUAGAUUGAAUGUGAAAUGUGCUGUAAUAAAAUCCUGUGUCCUUUCCAUUCCAUUUCCCUCCCUUCCCUGAUAUACCUUAAUGGACCCAUCUAAUUUGGUCUCUGAAUCCUUAACAUCAUACAGGAAAUGAUUGAUGAAGCAGAUCGAGAUGGAGAUGGGGAAGUGAAUGAGCAGGAAUUCCUGAGGAUCAUGAAGAA